AUGAGCGGGUCAAGAUUCGAAAGAGAGCUGGAGUUCGUGCAGCUCCUCUGUAACCCUGACUACCUUAGAUGGCUAACCCGUGAGGGCCACUUCGAAUCAGAGGAGUUCAGAAGCUAUCUGAGGUAUCUAGAAUACUGGAGGUCCCCUGAAUAUUCGAGGUUUCUGACUUAUCCCCAGUGCUUAGCAGUCCUAGAGCAUCUGAAUAGCGAAAACAUUAAUGAUAUGCUCAGCGACGAGAACUUCUUUUUAGCCUUGGGCGAGCAGCAAUAUUUUAUUUGGCUGAAUAAGCAUAAAGAAGGUUGGAAUAAAUAG